AUGGAAAACAAAACAAUUGAAUCUCCUAUGAAUAAUGAAGGGCAAUACAGCUAUGCUCAACAGUCCUCAUACCAGAAAGGAGGAGUAGAAUCAGUCAACUCUUUAAUCCACAAUCAAAUCCGGCAGAAGCUCAACGUAAGGAAACUACUCGCAUCAUCAUCUUCAAACGGUCCUCAUCUCUUCAGUAUUGCAGAUUUGGGCUGUUCAAUCGGACCCAACACCUUCAUUGCCGUGCAGAACAUAGUCGAGGCCGUUGAGUCGAAGUGCAAAGUCGAGGGCUUUAUAACCUCGGAAGAAAAACAAGAAAACGUUGAGUUCCAAGUCUUCUUCAACGAUCAUGUUACAAAUGACUUCAACACUCUUUUCAAGUCACUCCCUGUUGAGAGAAAAUACUAUGCCGUGGGAAAUCCCGGCACUUUUCACUGCCGGCUAUUCCCAAAAGCUUCUAUGCACUUUGUUUAUUCUUCUUAUUCGCUCCAUUGGCUAUCCAAGGUUCCACCAGAAGUAUUAGACCCCAGAUCGCCUGCAUGGAAUAAAGGGAAGAUUUUCUAUGGAAGAAAAGAAGUAGAAGAAGCCUACUUUGGUCAGUAUAUGAAAGAUAUAGAUUCGUUCUUGAAGGCUAGGUCUGAAGAGCUCGUGUCUGGAGGAUUCAUGGCGCUUCUUGUUCCAAGUAUACCAGAUGGAGUUGACUCAUCCAGAUGUGCUGUAAAUGCACUUUUUCACAUGCUCGAAUCUGCCCUUGUUGACAUGGCCAAGAUGGGUUUAGUUGAUGAAGCAAAAGUGGACGGCUUCAACCUGCCAGGCUACAAUACAUCACCGGAGAAGCUGAAGGCCGCAAUAGACAAAAACGGGUGCUUCGCCGUUGAAUUAGUAGAGCAGCUGGGUCGGCCAAUGCCUCCGGCAACCAGGCCAAGCGUCCAACGAUUCACAUCCGGGAUAAGAGCAGUCAUCCAAGGACUUCUUGUCGAGAGCUUCGGCGGCGAAAUCAUGGACGAGCUGUUCGAUCAGUACACUCAGAAAGUACUGGACUCUGGUAUUUUUGAAGAUGAUUCCAAAUAUCACCCCUUUGUCGAUUUGUUUAUCCUUCUCUCUAAACUUUAA